CGGGCGGAGGGCUGCGCCACCCGCCCGCAUGGAGCCGUCCCCGGACGGCGGCAGCUGCAGCGGCAGCGGCAGCGGCAGCGGCAGCGCCCCCGAGACCCUGAGCGAGGCGGUGCGGGAGCACCUGCGCAAGCUGUGUCUGCACGAGUUUCCCUGCGGCAUCGGCAGCUGGAAUAAGUCGCGAUUUCUUCCUCAAACGUGGCGAACCUGGAGGGAGCUGACCCCCAGGGAGGAGGAGACAGUGAGCCCAGGGGAGGAGACUGUGGAGGCCCUGCUGGGACUGGUGCGUGGUCCCCACUCGCCCUGGGCUCUGGUGGAGGACUCCAGUGCAGAGGACCAGUUUCUGAGAGAACUGGCCAUCCAGAGUCCACUGAUGCUCAAAGACACCUUCUUCUACUCCUAUUUCCGGUCACUGCGAGUGGUGGACAAGCAGGUGAGCCUGGUGGAUAAAGACCUUCUGAAAUUUCUAAACCUUGAGGAGUUGAUCCUGAGUGCCAAUAAAAUCAAGGAAGUCAAUGCUGCCAACCUGCCGCCAACACUCAAGGUGCUGGAGCUUUACGGCAAUGAGAUGCGCAGCAUGGAGUGUCUAUGUGCUCACCCGCCCCCGCUGCUCCAGCACUUGGGGCUGGGCCACAACAAACUGCUGGGCCCCUUGGAGAGUCUCUACGUCACCAACAACUACUGGCCCAACCUUGUCUCCCUGGAUCUGGGCUUCAAUGACCUGACAGACCUGCAGGGCAUGAUGGUCAGUCUCAGCACGCUCAGGCACCUGAGGCUGCUGGUGCUCCAGGGGAACCCGCUGGCACUGGUGCCCUACUACCGAGGCCUCACCAUCGACAGCCUGACCCGGCUCUGCGUGCUGGACGACAUCACCGUGUCCCCCAACGAGAAGCAUCAGUUCCGGGGGUUCAGCCUCAGUGGUGACCUCCUGGCACAAGAAGCACAGUUUGUGGUGACCAUUGGCAGUGUCAAGGGCGUUGUGGACACCUCCAUCUGGGACCCAGAGCCCGGCCCCGAAGGGCCUUUCAUCACCUACAACUAUUAUGUGACCUACGACUUCGUGGAAGAGGAGGACGGCGAGGGGAGCCAGUAUGGUGGCGUGCUGGCCGAGAUCGUCAGGCCCACCACCAGCGCAGACCUCGUGGUCCAGGAGCUGCAGGGGGAGGCCGAGGAGCAGCUGUGCGAGGAGCUGCGCGAGGCCGUGGCUGACGAGUCCCAGGAGUCGGGGGCCACCGAGCUGGGAGAGUCAGAGCUGUCGUUCAUCUCGGGCCACUCGGUGCCCCUGCCAGUGCCCCUCUCCGCCAUCAACUCUGCAGAGGAGCUGGCGAAGCUGCGGCCCCGCAUGGAUCCCCGGCUCUUCCCGUCCCCGGGGACGGUCCUCUUCAGCACCGACCGCAGGCCCUGGGCUGACGUCAUUUCCUUCGGCUAUGAGAUGCAGCACACCUUCAAGGACCUGGUGCCACUCAAGGCCUUCCUGCUGUCGGGGACCACUGUGACCAUUGUGGAGGAGAAGAUCCUCUCCUGGCCUUUGGUGCCACUUCCUGUUGACAUUCUCUUGCCUGACAAGAAAGGAAAAGGGGAGAAAAACAAGAAGGAAACAGACAAGAAAAAUAAGAAAGAGAAAGCGGAGAAGCAACCCCACAAGGAACAGAAGGUGCCCAAGAAAAAGAGAGAGAUUCCCAAGGAGCUCCGCCAGGACCCCUCCGUGCUGCGGGUGCUGGGCAGCGGCCAGGUGGCCCUGGAGCCAUUGCUGGCGGGAGAGCCCCAGGUGUCCACUGUGUGCAACUACGGGGUUCUCCGCACCCUGGAAUCGGACAAGCUGACAUUAGCCAGGGACUUAAAGAAGAGUAAGAAAGGGGUCAAAAAAGAUCAGGACGGGAAUGCAAGACCUAAAAGGAUCAAACCUAACUGUAUCCCAGAAUGGAGCUCAAGAAGAACAAAAAAGAAUAUCCCCCAGAAAAGUCAAAACCACUGAUGCCGAGCUACGAAAGCGACUACCAGCCGGAGCCGCUGACCGUGGAGGUCUCGAUCCAGAUGAACCAGUACCGCACCGCGGAGGAGGCGCUCCGCCUGUUGGCGCCAGAUUAA